GCCAUUUACCGUUGAGCCCAGCGAGUGCGAUCGAGGUCUCAGUGUGUAUGUGUGAGGCAACGCGGGCGCAGCAUGUCCGAUUUUGGAAAUUACAGUCAGCCUGGAGCUCAAGCACAAAGCUAUGGAGCAUAUGCUUCUCAGUCGGGCCAAAGUUAUGGACAUGCUGCACAGGGCUAUGGUGGUUAUGGGCAGUCUGAUUCUUCUGGGUAUGGGCACAGCCAAACUCAAAGUGGGUAUGGUUCAGGUUAUGGACAGUCGAAGCCAGGAGUAAAUUCUCAGUCGUCAACGCAAAGCUAUGCGCAGCAUGGUCAGGGUUAUGGGUCUUCUAGCUAUGGAAGUGAUAGCUCCCAGAAUACUUAUGGACAACAAUCAGGCUAUGGAGGCUAUGGACAGCAGUCAGAUUCUUCUGCCAGCUAUAGCUCAAAACCCCCGACAGAUUACGGUAGCCAGCAAGGACAUUAUGGUCAUCAAACAUCUUAUCCUCCACCUCACGAGAGCUACGGUCAGCAGAGUGCAGGAGAUGACUAUGAGCAGGAGAGACCUGCUAGAAGUAAAUAUGGAGAUGACAGCUGGAGCUAUAACAGGCCGCCGGGUAAUGGGGGUAGAAGCCGUGGAGGAUUUAGCCAUGGUGGCUAUGACAGUGAUUCUAGAGCGGGACGUGGUCGAAUGGGUGGUGGUGACCGUGGUGGCUUCAAUAAUUUUGGUGGCUCAAGAGACCAUGGUCAAGGAUCUAAUCCAGGUUCGGAAGAUAACUCCGAUAACAACACCAUUUUCGUCCAGGGUCUAGGCGAAGAUGUGUCAACUGACCAAGUCGCUGACUUCUUCAAACAAAUUGGAGUGAUUAAGAUUAAUAAGAAAACUGGAAAUGCAAUGAUCAACCUCUACACUGACAAAGCUACUGGUAAACUGAAGGGUGAAGCCACGGUGUCCUUUGAUGACCCACCAUCAGCAAAAGCAGCGAUUGAUUGGUUUGACGGAAAGGAAUUCCAUGGCAACACAAUCAAGGUUUCCUUUGCAACAAGACGGUCAGAGUUUGUACGAGGUGGCAGAGGUGGAGGUGGACGCGGAGGUGGUGGCCGAGGAUUUGGUCGCUUUCAGGGUGGAGGCGCUCCGAGAGGUGAUGACUGGAAUUGCCCGAAUCAAUCGUGCGGCAAUGUGAACUUUGCUUGGAGAAAUGAAUGUAAUCAGUGCAAGACGCCCCGAGCUGAUGGUGGUGAACACCAUGGUGGUGGCAGAGGUGGAUUCCGAGGGCGUGGAGGAUUCCGCGGAGGAAGAGGUGGAGACCGUGGAUACGGUGGCUCCGGGAAAAUGGGAGGAAGACCUGAUUAUAGAUCAGAUCGACGUGACCGGCCUUACUGAAAGCAUCCUGGGAACAAGAUUUUUUUGUUUUUUGUUUAUUUUGCUUUAGUGGUGCUUUAACAUUGAUGCAAUGUAAUGUACUUUUUCACUAUGUAUUUGGAGACUAAGAUUAAAAUGAAUUUUUAAUAAA